AUGCCGCCUCCGAUCCCCGCCCGCCCCAUGGGCUUUCCGUUGGGUUUUUCCAACGGAAAACAGCCAAAGCUAAAAGUGGAGCUUUUCCAGGAUCUGUGUUGUCCGUUUUCCUUUAAGAUGAUGCAAACUUUGCAGACGGGCGUGCUUCCCGUCCUUAAGGAAAAAGCAAAUUCCGAUCCCGCAAAGUAUGCGGACGCGAUCGAGUUCGUUAUCCAUCCGCUCGCGCAGCCCUGGCACAUGCAGAGCUGUGUGCAGCACGAAACCGCGCACGCGGUCGUGCACCUUCUCGGCAAAGAGAAGUACUGGCCGUUUGCUACCACCAUCAUGAGCCAGCGCUACGAGAAGUUCAGUGACCACCAGACCUGCCACAUGACCCGACGCCAGCUGCAUGCGUUGUGCUUGCAGCUCGGGGUAGAGGCCGGCGUCUUCACGGAAGCGGAGAGUGAGACGGUAAAUGAAUUUCUGAAGCAAUUUGAGUCCGAGGUGACGGGGUCGGAGCCGAUCAUGGUCGUGUACAAGGCGAUGAUGGCCAUGAGCCGCUUUCACCGCGUGCGCGGCGUGCACAUGACCCCGACGGUGUUUUUGAACGAUAUCGAAGCGCCGGAUAUUGCUUCGGGCUGGACCGCCGAGCAAUGGCUGGAAAAGAUUGAUCAAGUUCUCGUAGCGUGACAGAUGUAGAUGAGGAGCGGCUUCUCUUGAUGUUGAUGCAGUAAGAAGUCACGCGACGCAAUUUUUUAAGGACAUGUCAUAGAGCAGCGUCCCCAUCUUGACUAAGCGACCAUACUGUAGCUACCUUGUGUACCCCUGCUCGCUGGUCGCAGGUUUGUGACGCCAUUCACGUUAAUACGCCUAUCUGUGGCACUGCCGUCAGCAACGUGUUCGGGUUUGCUUGAACAAGAUAAACAACUGUGAUGUGAAU